AACUGAUCUCUCUCUAUCCCUCUCUCUCUCUCGCUCUCUCUCGCUCUCAGUGUGUGAGUGCAGGAAAAUGGCCGAAUCCAGUAUUUUAGAUCACUUUUCAGUGGAUCAGUUCAGCUGUCCAGUGUGUCUGGAUCUCCUGAAGGAUCCGGUGGCUAUCCUCUGUGGUCACAGUUUCUGUAAGGUGUGUAUUAAUGGCUGCUGGAAUCAGGAGGAUGAGAAGGGGGUCUACAGCUGUCCUCAGUGCAGAGACACUUUCACUCCGAGGCCUGUUCUAUGCAGAAACAACAUGCUGGCUGAAGUGGUGGAGAAACUGAAGAAGACUGAAGUCCAAGCUGCUUCUCUUGCCCCCUGCUUCGCUGGAUCUGGAGAUGUGGAGUGUGAUUUCUGCACCGGGAGGAAACACAAAGCCGUCAAGUCCUGUCUGAUGUGUCUGACCUCCUUUUGUGAAACUCAUCUGAAACCUCAUACUGAACUUCCUGGUUUGAAAAAGCACACAUUAAUUGAAGCCUCCUCAAAGCUCCAAGAGAAGAUCUGCUCUCAACAUGACAAACUGAUCGAGAUCUACUGUCGCACUGACCAAAGGUGUAUUUGUUCUUUGUGCAUGUUGGAUAAUCACAAAGGACACGACGCUGUAUCACUUUCAGCAGAGAGAACUGAGAAACAGAGUAAGUUAAAGGAGGAGCUGAUGAAAUCCCAGCAGAGAAUCCAAGAGAAGCAGAAAAAGGUGCAGUUGCUGAAACAGGCUAUGAACACAAUUAAGUCACGUGCUCAGACAGCAGUGGAGGACAGUGAGAGGAUCUUUACAGAGAUGAUCAGCUUCAUGGAGAAAAAGUGCUUGGAGAUGACGGACCUGAUCAAAGCUCAGGAGGAGGCUGAACUGAGUCAAGCUGAACGAUUCCUGGAGCAAAUGGAGCAAGAGAUCACUGAUCUUCAGAGGAGAGUCACUGAGCUGGAGCAGCUUUCACACACACAUGAUCACAUCCACUUCCUCCAGUGUUUCCAGUCUCUCUGUGUCUCUUCUGGAGGUGAGGAUUCACCCAGCAGCACUGUCCAUCAACAUCUCUCAUUUGAUAGUGUGAGGAAUUUUCUCGCAUAUCUGAAAAGGCAAUUGGAGGAAUUCUGUGAGGAGGAAUUCAACAAAAUCCCUCCACCUGCUGCAGCAGUUGAGAAGAUUUCACUCUCAGAGCCAAAUAGCAGAGAAGAGUUUCUGAAAUAUUUCUGUUAUCUGACUCUGGAUCCCAACACAGCAAAUCGUUCCCUCCAUCUGUCUGAGAAGAACAGAGUGGUGAAAGACAGUGGGAUACAGCCAUACUCUGAUCAUCAUGAGAGAUUUGACUCCUAUAUUCAGGUGUUGUGUAAGGAGAGUGUGUGUGGAUGCUGUUACUGGGAGGUGGAGUGGAGUGGUGUUGGAGGUGUAUCCAUCUCAGUCUCAUAUAAAGACAUCAGGAGGAAAGGAGAGGGUAAAGAGUGUGGGUUUGGACACAAUAAUCAGUCCUGGAGUCUGUGGUGUUCUUCAUCCUCUCUCUCUUUCUAUCACAACAACAUUGAGACUAAGCUCGGAGUUCCAUCAUCCUCCAGAAUAGGAGUGUAUGUGGAUCACAGUGCAGGAAGUCUGUCCUUCUACAGCGUCUCUGACACGAUGAAGCUCCUCCACAGUGUCCACACCAAAUUCACUCAGCCACUGUGCCCUGGGUUUGGGGUUUAUGAAGGAACUGUGAGAUUGUGUGACCCAAAAAAAUAGUAGAGGAAAAAUUCAGGCUCAUUUCCUCAUUGUUUGUCAAUUGUGAAUUGUGGUGAAACUUUAACAUUAAAACAGUAAAUGUUAAAACACUGGGUUUAGACUCAGUCUGGGAUCAUCAGCUACACUGUUGUACACAAUAAAACUAUUAUACACUUUCUUUAA